CCACCUGCCCGGCCCGGACACCGCCGUUAGACUGGCCGGGCCCGGGGUCGGCGGCUCUCGGUGGUCACGUGGGUGCAGACCGGCGUGCACCUGAGCCGCGGGCGUCACCUGGGCGUGACCGGGACUCCGCAGGGGGACCACCCAGGCCCGCGGGCACCUGUCUGCCAGCUGGCUGGAUCUCAUCUCAUUUUAACUGGCUAGAAAAUCUUAUCAGCUGUACCAGAAAAGCAUUAGAAAAGUUAGCAGAUAAGCUCUUUGGAGGCAUAGACCAACCGAAAACCUUGCUCGGCAGGACCAGUCCGCCAUGCCCGAGGUCAAGGACCUCUCAGAAGCCCUGCCGGACACCACCAUGGACCACCCCAUCACCGGCGUCGGGGUGGUGGCGUCGCGGAACCGGGCCCCCACCGGCUACGACGUCGUGGCGCAGACGGCAGAUGGCGUGGACGCCGACCUCUGGAAGGACGGCCUGUUCAAGUCCAAGGUCACCAGAUACCUGUGUUUCACCAGAUCCUUUUCGAAAGAGAAUAGUCAUUUAGGGAACGUGCUAGUGGACAUGAAGCUCAUCGACAUCAAGGACACGCUGCCCGUGGGCUUCAUCCCCAUUCAGGAGACCGUGGACACACAGGAAGUGGCUUUCCGGAAGAAGAGGCUGUGCAUCAAGUUCAUCCCGCGGGACUCAACGGAGGCUGCCAUCUGUGACAUUCGGAUCAUGGGCCGGACCAAGCAGGCGCCGCCGCAGUACACCUUCAUCGGGGAGCUGAACAGCAUGGGCAUCUGGUACCGGAUGGGCCGCGUGCCACGGAACCCCGACUCAUCGCAGCCCACCACGCCGUCCCCGUCGGCGGCCGCCUCCACGCCUGCACCCAACCUUCCCAGGCACAUCUCGCUCACGCUCCCCGCCACCUUCCGAGGCCGGAACAGCACGCGGGCGGACUACGAGUACCAGCACUCUAACCUCUACGCGAUAUCAGCCAUGGACGGCGUGCCUUUCAUGAUCUCAGACAAGUUCUCCUGCGUGCCGGAAAGCAUGCAGCCCUUCGACCUCCUGGGCAUCACCAUCAAGUCCCUGGCGGAGAUCGAGAAGGAGUACGAGUACAGCUUCCGCACGGAGCAGAGCGCCGCCGCCCGCCUCCCGCCCAGCCCCACGCGCUGCCAGCAGCCGCCGCAGUCCUGAGCGCCCUCGCCUGCCCCGGGACCCCCGUGAUCGCGACUAACCCGUGUGUCUCCUAGUGACCAGCAGCUCCCAGUGUGUCCGUCCCCCAGCGCCCCGCCCCGAGUCACCGCGCCCUCCAGGACUGACCGCCGGGCCCCACACUGGACACCCUCACGGCAAGGCCGAGACUCGCCUCCCGGAGGAGACCCUGCGGGGGGCUCACUGCCCGGUGCUCUCCCCUCUGCCCUCCCCAGCCAAGGGCUCCCCGAGUGCCCGGGUGCCAACAGCAGCUGCGACUGCCCUCAGGAGCCGCUUCCGCCGCCUGCCCGCCCGUGCCCGCUCCUGCCCGGGGGC